CUGAUGAGUGCAAAUGGCAGUCUCUCCGGCGCUGCGGGUGAAGAGGACCGAGGGCCCGUGUUUCUGCACGAGCCUCCAUCCCGACUCCACUUCUCCAAUACAACUGGAGCCCUUUUACCUUGUUCUGCUCAUGGCAAUCCACCACCACAAGUUGAAUGGCUGAAUGGAGGAGAUGUAGUAACGGAGGUCGCCGAUGUGUGCAUCGUCCACAAAAAUGGAUCACUACAGUUUUUGCCUUUUCCGCCCUACGCAUAUACGGCUGGCGUUCACGCUGCCACCUACUCUUGUCGAGCUUCCUCGUCUGCUGGCACUAUCAUCUCUCGACCAGUUCACGUCAGGGCUGUGGUACGUCAAUACUAUGAAGUACAAGUAUACGACGAGUUUGUGAUAAGUGGCAACACAGCCGUGAUCAAGUGCCACGUUCCUUCCUUUGUUCGGGAUUACGUCAGCGUCACAUCUUGGAUCAGAGGAAACGGCGAGAGGAUAGUUUCAGAUGUACUAACAGGUGGACGAUAUUCCGUAUUCGCAACAGGGGAGCUUCACAUCCGUCAUGUCACCAAAGCCGACGAGUUCCAGUCUUAUCACUGUGAAACUCAACACAUUCUGACCGAUGAAACCACAGUCUCCGCUCUUGCCGGCAGGUUGAUGGUGAACGAACCUCGGUCUUCUGUGCCGCCAAGGAUCACAGAUUCUCGGUCAAGUAUCAGAGCAUCUGUCAGGGACACCGUGGAGCUACCCUGUGCUGCUCAGGGAUAUCCGAUUCCCCAGUAUAAAUGGCACCGUGUAAAUCGAAAAGAGGAGGUCCCAGUAGUACAAGAUGGCCGGAUCAAACAAGUAGGAGGAUCUCUCCUCAUACGGCAAGUUACGGCUGGAGAUGCUGGCAGAUAUGUUUGUGUGGCAUCAAGCAGUGUUGGCUCAGAAAGAACACACACAACACUAGAGGUUUGGGCUCCGCUGACUGCUCACAUAACCCCUCAAGUGCAGACUGUUGAUGUAGGGAGCAUUGCUACUUUCAACUGCUCACCAGAGGGAUUUCCCCAAGAAAGCAUAUUAUGGUUUAAGGACGGCGAACGCUUAGAAGUGACCGCCCGUGUUCGGGUGGAGGGUCAACGCACCGUGAUAGUGGAGGACGUUCGUCGAGAGGAUCGAGGGAUGUACCAGUGUCUUGUAAAGAACUUCGAAGACACAGCUCAGGGGUCCGCUCAACUCAAACUCGGAGAUGCGUCGCCCCAGUGGAGGAGUACAAGCGGCCCAAAAGUUGUUUCGCCGGGAGCAACUGUGAUGUUAAUGUGUGCCGUACAGGGCUCUCCUCCGCCCGUAGUUACAUGGACUUUGCAAGGCCAACCUGUUCCUAAUAACGAUCCCAGGAUCAAGCAUUCACAAAAGGUUGAAGGUGAUCAUGUCGAGGGUCAACUGAAUAUCACAAGCAUCCGAGUAGAAGAUGGAGGGGAUUGGACAUGUGAGGCGAGGAACCGGGCAGGCCGGAUAGAACAUGCAGGUCGAUUGGACGUUCGCGGCCCUCCCACUAUUCGACCAAUGAGACCCUUACGGGUAGUGGCAGGCAGAACUGCAAUGUUCAACUGUAUAGUGGCAGGAUAUCCUAUUGAAUCUAUUUAUUGGGAGAAAAAUGGUGUUGUGCUUCCUGUAUCAGAGCGACAAGAGGUUCACAGCAAUGGUACCUUAGAAAUUCGGCAAGUGUCACGUGAGGCCGACAGUGGACAGUACAUCUGUGUAGCCACAUCUGGUGAAAACACCGCAAGAGCAAACCUUCAAGUAAACGUCAUGGUACCGCCGCAAAUAGAUGAGAGGAUGUUUUCCCUUGGGUCUGGAUUCCCUGCCAAGUCGCGAGCAAGGAUUAUGUGUGUUGUAGAACGAGGAGACUUGCCUUUGUCAUUCACCUGGACGCACGACGGCCGCCCCAUAACGCCAGGACCAAGCACAUCUAUUCGAUCACUCGAUGAAGUUACAAGCGUCUUAUUGUUUACUUCACUUCGAGAAGAGGAUGGUGGCAAAUAUACUUGCACAGCUACCAAUGCAGUUGCUUCAGACUCUCGCACUGUAGAACUUGUUGUGAAGGUUGCUCCAACCUGGAAGGUAGAGCCAGAGGAUGCGUCAGUGGUUGUUGGAGAAGACCUGUUGCUGCCUUGUGCUGCCAAUGGGUCUCCGACGCCUACGACCACAUGGCGCAGGGCGGAAGGCGCUGUUCCAAGGCAAUACCGUCCUGUGACUUCCCUAGGAGAAAAUGUCAGAGUGAGUUCUAACAGCAGCCUAAUGGUGCAGAGCAUCAAAAGGAACCAGGGAGGAGAGUUUCUGUGCAGUGCUUCCAAUGAUGUAGGGUCAGAUCUUUCUAAAUCUAUACGAGUUACUGUAAGAGUGCCACCACAGUUUGAAGAACAUGAAGAGAAUGUCACUGUGUCAGCCGGGCGAAGGGCAAUGUUGAAAUGUGAAGCUUACGGUGAUCUUCCAAUAGCCGUUACAUGGACAACUGGGAAUCCAGCAACAAGGAUUACAACACCGGGUUUAAAUGACGGCCAUCUAAAAAUCAAGGAAGCUGUUUUAAAUGGUUCAUUGGCAUCUUUUCCCACGGGAAGUUCUGUACGUACAGGGUCGCCAGUGUCAACCGAUCGCGAACAAGGUUUCCGAUCUGUUUUAAGUGUUUCUACAAAAUCUAGACACGAUUCAAAAGUUUUUUUUUGUCUUGCCACGAACAUUUAUGGGAACGAUACAAAGACCAUCAGUCUCAUUGUUCAAGAGGUACCAGGGACACCGGGCCCACCUCGGAUUAUAGACAGUGGAUCGCGCACAGUCAACCUCACCUGGUCAGCUCCUUCUCACGAUGGCAAUUCUCCAAUCACGACUUAUCGUAUAAUGAUUAUCAACAGCACAGAUUCUUGGAUGAAUGUUGGCCGCAUGAAGACCGUAGAAGUAAGCAUGCCAAUCGCUCGCAUAGACGACCUCAUGCCCGCUCAGUCCUACUUAGUUCGAGUAGUGGGAAUCAACAGUGUUGGCGCCUCCAAGCCAAGCCCUGAGGUGCGCAUCUCAACAGCCCACGAACCCCCGACAGCCACGCCGACCAGUGUCCGAAUCAUACCACUUUCUUCCACAAGUUUAAGGGUUACAUGGCAGCCUCCAGACACUGUCAUGGCGCAGAGAGCGAGUCUUGGCUAUUACGUUGGCUAUAAAGUGGCCAAUUCCUCCGAGCCAUUCCGUUACCAGAAUAUAGAUCCUUCACCAACUAUCGUCUAUCGACCUGAGGUUACACUGAAGUCCCUACAGAAAUUCACGAGUUACGAGGUUACCGUUCAAGCUUUUAAUUCUGCUGGAGCCGGGCCACGAACAUCACCAAUCACAUCUACGACGGAGGAGGAUGUUCCUAGUGAAGCACCGCGCGACGUCCACUGCAGCAGUUUGUCGUCGUCAUCUAUCCUUGUUCGCUGGACACCACCGCCUCCUACUUCGCUGCAUGGUAUUCUUCAAGGCUACAAGCUAGUUUACCGACCAGUUCACCGAAACAGAUUCUUCCAUCCUGAUGAUGUGAGUGAGAAAACUGUUGUGACUUUGUCAUCGUCACUGCUAGGCUUAGAUCGAUACACUAAUUAUAGUGUCAUGGUCGCAGCUUACACAAGAAGAGGAGAUGGUGUUCGAUCUGACCCGGUGCACUGCGUCACAGAGGAAGACGUUCCUGGGCCUGUCGAAUCUGUGAAAGCACUAGCUGUUGAUGGUCAGAGUGUUCUUGUGGCCUGGCGCCCUCCCAAAUUGCCCAACGGAGUUAUUACAAAAUACUCGGUGCAUCUUAUUCACCCGGAUCAGCAGGAUGCCUCUAGAACACCGUGGGGCAGUAAUAACGGAGGAAGUGGGUCAUGGUCCGUCCCAGGUUCACGCAGCCCUUCAGGUCCAUCAUGGGAAAGCAGAAGCUCCACUGACAAUGCUGACAACAUAGGCCGCUCAUGGGUGGUGUCAGGUUCCGAGCGUCAGUAUUUGGUGGCAGGACUUGUAGCUGCCAACGCCUACGGUUUCACUGUCCGAGGCUCGACAUCAGUCGGUGAAGGACCCACAGGCAGAAUGGUCAUCCAAAGGCCACGACAAGACGCCCCAGCUGCCAUUGCCUCAUUUUCUGAUAAAACAACAGCUGUCUGGGGAGAGGAAAUGCGCCUUGCUUGCCGAGUUGUUGGAAAUCCCACGCCAACUCGAACCUGGACAUUCAAUGGGAAAGUGAUAUCCUCCAAUGAUCAAAGAAUGAAGGAAUACCCGGAUGGAAAUUUGCUUAUUACUGAUGUGAAGGCGCAAGACACUGGGAACUAUACCUGCUCAGCCUCUAACAUUCACGGCUCUGAUGUCAUCACUUAUACGCUCACUGUUCAAGUUCCUCCAUCGCCGCCACUUGCUUAUGUGUCAGAUGUCACUUCCACAACACUGACUGUUCGUUGGCGGACAACUAAUAAUGGUGGCGCUCUAAUCCUAGGAUACUAUCUUUACGAAAAACGUGAGUUUGGAGAAUGGCGUCGUAUAGAAGUACCUGCUGUAGCAGACUCCUACACAUUAACUGGACUUCAGUGCGGCACACGGUACCAAGUCUAUGUCACUGCCUACAACCAUGUCGGAGCAUCACAACCGAGUGAUGCCAUUCCUACUAAAACAUUGGGUCGAGAGCCAAUAGUACCUACGCAAUCUUCCCUUCUACGUGUUAAUGUGACUUCGAUAAGUCUCAACCUGGCAGCGUGGCUGGAUGGCGGGUGCCCCAUCACCUCAAUGGUGGUCGAAUAUAAGGAGCGAGGUGUGGCUUCCUGGACUCUUGUCUCCAAUCAUGUUCGAUGGGAUAACGAAACGGAAUAUGUUGUAUUAGACUUGAAUCCGGCACACCGUUAUACCCUAAGAGUGACUGCACAUAAUUCGGCCGGAUCGUCAGUAGCUACAUAUCCUUUUACAACACUUACGCCCCUAGGAGCAACUUUAUCUCCGGAAGUAGUUGUUCACGGCGCCGUGGGUACAGCCCCAUGGUAUCUGGAUUCUCAUAUCCUGAUGGCUGUCGUCGUUGCUUGCAUCCUAGUGGUCCUUGCUGCCUGUAUUGCAAUAGCUUAUACUUGCAGGCGUACUAGGACUCAUACACAAACCUAUAAAGAGGUUAGCCAUGUCCACAAUGAUCUGACACCUGAUUCUGGUCUGACGUCGGAUACAAUGACCAGAGUUCACAGUCUAGAAAUCCUUGAGGCUUAUACUCCCUCAACACUGCCUUUGGGAGCUUAUGACGAGAUAUCCCCCUACGCAACCUUCAGGAUGCCUGGCAAUAAUAAAACGCCCCCGCCUCCACCUUUACCUUCGGUCAGUGAAUCUCAGCCUGUGGUGAGUGCUGUGGAGACGAACUACAGUCGAGUGAAAAGAAAAUGUCCCAUGCCCCCAGAAGGAGGCUUGCCGCCGACCCCUGGGAAUGCCUCAAGUGAUAUCACUUGCGAAAAGAACAACAAAAGCAAGAACGUUAGCAAGUGCCCUUCUAUAAAGGAAAAAGCAACCACCAAAGAAGCAAGUGGGUCAUCUGUGACGUCAGUAAGCAGUAAUCACGAAGAAUUAGUCCGAGCUUACCAUGCCCACGCUAACGAUUCUCCAACCACACCAGAGUCUGGCCGCCGAAACAAGUGUGGAACAACAAAAAAGGACCUGAAGUGAGUGUGUUCUUCCCAAAAGAUGAAGUGCUUACCAACAAGUGGCUAAGAGCAAUUAAGAGGGAUAACUUUGCUCCUAUGGCCAGUAGCAAGGUAAGUCUCGGAUCUUUGUUGUAUAAGCCUUUUUAGCUAAUAGUGAAAGAGGUGAGAUGUUAAAUCUAAUGCAUUUAGUACAUAUGCUUAUAAGUCAAGACAAAGCAUGUGCAGCACAAAAAAAACAUGCAUGUAGUGACAAAAUUUGCUGCCGCAUACACACAAAAAAGAAAAAGAAAAACAAAUGUAUGUGUUUCGGGGAAAAAAAAGAAGAGAAAGAACGGAAGUGUACGUGGAAAGGAAGGGAGGUAAGGGGAGGACAAAGUACAGGGAAGAAAAUAGCAAAUUAGACUGUAAUAACAUACUAAUACUUUACGGUUUUGUUAUUAAAAUCAUAAACCAAAAUAGUUAGACACCAGUACUGUUUUCCACGUGCGUUUAGAAACAGCCUUUUUUAUUAGUAACUGCAUUUGAAACCAUAUGCUGAGAAUGAAUAAGUAUGCAUUUCAUUGGUUUUAUUUAGUAAUAAAUUAAUCUAUCACUUCCCUUGUAGUAAUAUGUUGGCAAGUCCAUCGUUUUAGACUUGAGCAUUAAUAAUAAUGGGGCAAAAUGUGGGGUUUUAACAGGACUGAUCUGUGUAAUUAGAUUAUAGUAGUUGACAGGGUGUAAUAAAGUAUUUUCAAUAUUUGUAUCUAUCUAUCUAUCUAUCUAUCAAUAUAUAGAUAUAUCGAUAUAUGUAAAUUAAAACUAAACACGUAUUCCAGGUGUAUGAACUUUUUACGAAGGACAACUUGUCGGGAGAUCUAUGCCACAGACGAAAAAAUUGGGAGGAGAGUGAUAGCACCACCAAAGAACUCUUUCUUCCCAACUGUAAACCUUAAUACCAUGGCCACCAAAAAAGAAGGCCUGAUGCAUUGCGUUCGAAGGACAGUGAUAAUAUACAAGCACUCAAGACCAACACUUGACUCAAGGCGAGAAGGGAGAGAAGAAACAGCUCUAAGAAAAGUUUUGCUGCAGUGUUGCUAAUAAAAACCAACAAAGGAGAGAGAGAGAAUUUCAUAACAUCCAUGAAUCCCAGGAAUAUGUCAAAUUUAUAAAUUAAACAUUCUAGACUGAAAUUCGAGAAGAUGAUUCUCUUAUGAUCUGCCGAGUAGUAGAGUCACCAUAAUCAUGUAUACUGUUCUCUGCGGUUGUUAAGCCAGUAUGUACAGUCUUGGUGUUUUUGAAAGAUGUACAGGCUAAGAAGAUAUACAGUUCCUUCCAUUGUCAAUUGUAAAUGUUAGACAAUUUGAUUAAGAAAGCAAUGAUGUUAAUUCAUGCAGUGCAACGACUUUAACAGAUCUAGCUCUCUCUCUUUGCUAACUGCUAUAAAGGAUGAAUAUUUUCAGCAUCUGGCCACUCUUAAGUUUAAGGGUACUGCACCAUUAGAAGGAUUUCUGGGUGAAAUACUUGUAACCCUGGUGCUGAGCAACAAGACCAAAAUUUCUAAUUGUACAUGAAAAACAAUUUCAAAUUACUGAAUGUAGCAGGCAAAAUAGUAACGUUAACGAGACUUGAAAUUCACAUAAAGCUUUAUUUUGAAUACAAAGGUGGAAAUAUUGUUGGUGUAGGCAUUCAAUAGCUGUACACCUGCAACUAGUGCCAUGGUAGGUAGUAAUGUUUCUAUACCUCAGAUGUCUACAUAUUACCAGCAAAAUUCAUGAAGGGUGAAAUUCUUGCAUGGAUGUAUAAGAGAGGUGAUAUCAGGAUUAGUGGAUGUAGGCUUCUGUGUCUGCCCUUAUUACAGACAACUAUGCUAUUGAUGGAAAAGUAAUGUCCUAUUUUGCCUAAGUUUCUGAAUACAUUUUUUUCGUAGAUGGUGGACAAUCAUGAAUGUUCAAUCUCCCUUUAAAGGAGCUCGUCUGAACAAUAAUUUUGCCUCUCCACUCAAAAAUAGUGAAAAGGGUGAAAAAUAUCAGUAUCUGAACAAGUUCUGUGACUGGCUAGAAAUAAGACAGCAUUAGAGGAGGAAGGCUUAGUAAAGAGGCGUGCACUACAUUAAAACACAUAACUCAUGUCAUGAUAGAAAUAAAUAAUUCCUGUAUAUCUGAAUUAGCAUGAGAUAGAUUUUGCCUAGUAUAAUUUCAAACAGAUAAUCUUCAGAAAAGGUUUGGUCAUUAUCAUCAACUAUCUGGCAGUAAUUAUCAUAUUUCCUCAAUGCAAGUAUUUGAAUGUAAAUAAAUUCAUUAAUAAAUUUAAAAGAUCAGGAUGAAGUCAGUAAUAAAGCUAAAUUUGUCUAUAAAUGAGUCCUCUGUAAGUAGUGAAGUUGUUUUAUCAAACUAAUUGGGAAGAUAUGGAAAAGCACAGUUUGAAAGAUUUGCAUAAAAUAGAUGUAGAUGUUAAUAAGAGUGAUGCUAAAAUUUGUGAAAAUGAUUUACCGGUUACUAUUUAUGUAGCUGGUUACUGCUGCUACAUGGUAUGGAAAGAAAUUGCUGCAAUAUUUGUGUGGCAUCCUGUAAUAAGGAUAGGCCUGAGAGUCAAAAUAACACUAAGGGAAUUUCCUGAGGUGUUCUCCUACGCCCAAAUCCUGCUACAGUUAUCAUGGUAACUUUAUAAUUAUCAACACACAUUCUAGCAAGCAGUUAACACUGGCAGCAAAAGUAACUCUAACUGCACUAACAGAUGAUGAUUGUCUUUUGCUUACUGACUUUUGUGAGGGCAAACACAGCUGCCUAAAUCAUGGCAAGAUAAUUAUCUGGGCAUCAACAAUCACAUUGUUAAAUAAUAAUUGCUCUAAGGAAAAUAAUAUGUUGGCAUGGAAUAGAGACAUUAAAUGCUUAUUAUACCCAGGUUUAUAAGUUUUUUUAUAAGUUUGUUUUAUUCUGCACUAUUUUUUGUAUGUAAACUGUAGCUUUUCUUAGGCUAUUAUGUAAAGGAAAAAGGUGGAAGAGGAGUGAUAUAAGUUGUAGUUUGUUUUAAAAUGGAAAUUGUAAGACUCAUCCGUAAAGGAGUAUUUUUUAUAGCAUAUAUUAUUUCCCCUGUACUGCAGAAAAGUCGUACAUAUUUUAUGUUUACCUGUAUCCUGGAAACAAAUUGAGUGAAUUCAUUAUUG